UUGGGGAAACGGACUGGGAGGAAAACCGGGCGGGGAAUGCAGUUUGGCGGGAUUUAUUGCAAAAGUCGCGAAUUGGAAAUGGCUGGGUGAGGUGACAGUGGUCGGGCUCAGUGUGGGUUGUGUUCCCAACCUCCCCACGAACCGAAGCUGUCACGACCAAUCCACCCACUGUCACCCAGCCUCUCGGUUUUCACGCCCACCUCUCGUCAUCUUUCUCUCCCCUUGCACCCUUGGUUGGACCUGACCCAUCGUUUUGUAACGGAUCCUUCUUCCUCUUCCCCUCCUUUCUGCAUCGUGUUCAGGGUCCUGCUUCUUUUACGCAAGCGUUUUCUCGGCCGAUCUAGAUCUUUGACCUACAACAGCGCCUCGGUCCUGUAGGUCCGGCUCGGGUAUUGCAUGGACGGGGGAAUAUGCGUGAGUGAGCUGGCAGCCCGCAGGAGGUGCCUGUGUACCUGUCCAGCGGUCAAACAGCCCCAAUCCAUGUCCGACAGACAGGAGCUGGUUUGGCUUGUUGCCCUGCUUUUUUAGAGCUCCCCCUUCCGUGCCCCUUUUGAUGGUGACGUCCACUGUUUACCACUCAGGCCCCGCCAUCUUGGCUCACUGGACGAUUAUCACUUAUCGCAUGAUCCUUGCAACAUCCCGUUGCGCGCGCAUGUGCAAGACCCCGUCCCCAUCAGCCAGAGGCCUUGGCCAUGGCAGUGAAGAGGAGACACCAACAUAUUCGAUUUACUAGACACGUGAUGUAUGAGUGAGUGACGCCGUAUUAUAUAUAUAUAUAUCUGCGGUAUAUCAACGACUUGGAAAUCCCACUUAUAAGAGAACUGUUAUAUACCUGUCAGGUUGGCCAAGCUGAGAACAGGAUUUGGAUAUCCUGGAUUCGCACGGAGUAGAUAGACAAUUUUAAUAAAGGUUGGCGCCAGUUUGCUUCUCGUAAAGAUAGUAGCAAUUGAAAGGCCUGCUGCCUUGACAGGAUCGAGUGUUGGGCGUUGGUUCGGUUGACGGCGCGGACAGCUGCAAGAGAGACGUCCACGCCUCACCCAGCGACGCCAAGCCCACUGGCGCAGUUACGUAACUUGGGUUGGCCCGCUCCCAGCUGCUGAGAGCUUCAUGCCAACCUCGAAGUCCAAGCUCCCACAUCGACAUUCCCGACUUCACCAUUUGAUACCCACGGUUGCCUGCACCAUGUCGCUCGAUCCACCGACGUAUCUGGCCUCGCUGCAAAGUAACAUCCGUCAGCGACCGAUUCCCUGGGAUGGCGCCGUGCGCGCAGGAACCCUGACCGAGGAGCAGCUCGCUCGCAUCCGCUCCGUCGAUAAGGUCAAGAAAGACGUGCGCAAACAUACCAUCGAGUCCGAUCUGGAGGGAUAUAGCGCCCUGUUCGUGGGAGGAUCAGGGAAGAAGAGUGUGUUGGAAUUGGCCGCCAAGCGCCAGGAUGUGGUCCAGUAUAUCCUCGUCCUCCUGAACGACCUCCUCACAACCGUCCCCGCGCUCUCCAAAGCACUUGCUAAGACUGGCGAUCCCUACCAACAUUUCAAUCCUCUUCUCGGCCACAGAACUGUAACAGACGAUCCGAUCCCGCUUCUGACCUCGACUGUGCUUGUCAGUCUCAUGGCUGGUUCCAGAGACGAGUCCCAGGCCGCCUCCAAGGCCCUCCCCCUCAUCUACAGUUAUCUCUCGUCCCUCACAACGAAUUCCGACGCAGGUCUUCAGGAUAUUGGUGUGCAAGAGUACUCAUCACUUUUGUAUGGUCGUGUUCCCAGGGCGCAGUUUUGGGAGCAGCGGAGCGAGACUGUGGCCCCCCUGGUGAAGAUUCUACGAGCGGCAGCGGGUAUUGGCAGCGGUGGUGACGCCACGGCCAGCCUGUGGAGUGGGACAACGAAUCCCUCUAGAAGCGGCUUUGAGGGCUCUCUCAGUGGAGGGGUCGGUCUUCAGUUGCUUUACCAUGUGCUGUUAGUCAUCUGGCAGCUCAGCUUUGAGGCUGCCGAUAUUGGCGAUGAUCUCAACAAGGAAUACGACUUCAUCGCUCUUUACACCCAGCUUCUCCGACUCUCCCCCAAGGAGAAGACCACCCGUCUACUCCUCUCCACCCUCCUCAACAUCCUCACCGCUAAUCAAAACACGCUGCUUGCCAUCGCAGUGCUUGCCCGCCUCCCAACCCUUUUGGAGACCCUCAAAACGAGACAGUUCAACGACCCCGAUCUGAGAGAAGAUCUGGACCGGCUCCGCGAGCUGCUCGAGGAGUACACCAAAACCAAGACCACCUUUGACGAGUAUGUAGGCGAAGUCAACUCUGGCCGUCUGCACUGGUCCCCACCCCACCGCAACACAGUUUUCUGGGCCGAGAACGCCCGCAAGAUUUUAGACUACGAGAACGGCGCGCUUAUCCGCAAGCUGGUGGAUAUUAUGAAGCAGCCAUGGGAGGACGACAAGUCGGUGCUGGCGAUUGCGUGCAAUGAUGUUGGGUGUUUGGUGCGUGAGGUGCCCGAGAAGAGGGGCCAGCUGGAGAAACUUGGUUUAAAGACGAGGGUGAUGGAGCUGAUGGGGGAGGCGGACGAGAAUGUACGGUGGGAAAGUUUGCGUGCCUUGGGUGGUUGGUUGCAGUACAGCUUUGAUACGAAAUAG